AUGUUGGCAGAACAACUAUUACUACAUUAUGGCACACCAGAUUUGUUUAUCACAUUCACAUGCAAUCCAAAGUGGACAGAAAUUCAACAAGAAUUAUUUACUAGCCAAUCACCCAUGGAUCGCCACGAUAUCACUGCUAGGGUGUUCAAAAUGAAAUUAAAAUCACUCAUGGAUUUUAUUGUUAAGCCUCGCGUGUUCGGCGAGACGCGUUGUUGGAUGUACUCAGUUGAGUGGCAAAAACGCGGAUUACCACAUGCACAUAUCCUCAUUUGGUUGGUUGAGAGGAUAAGACCGAAUGAAAUUGAUCAUGUGAUAUCAGCAGAAAUUCCCGAUUAUAAUGAAGACCCACUGUUAAAUGAGGUUAUUACAAAAAAUAUGAUUCAUGGUCCAUGUGGAAUAUUAAAUCCCAUUUCUCCGUGUAUGGAUGAAGGAAAAUGUUCAAAACGCUACGCAAGACAAUUAGUAGCAGAAACUAUAUUAUUACUGGAAAUGAUGGAUAUCCACUUCAUCGCCGCCGAUCCAUUGAUGACAACGGAAAGUCAACAACAGUCAAAGUAA